GGUGAUGAUUUCGCAUUCCACCACUAGAGUGUCAACUAUGACAUUUCGUGUUAAGCGAAAAAUCUUUUCCACGGAACGUGUUUGCUGUGGUUUUGAGCAUCUUCUUGAGGCAAUAAGAUUUGACCUGUUUAAAAUUCCAUCUAAAUUGGACAAAAAAAGUAUUUGAAACUAAUUUAGUUUUCUUAGAAUUAAUUUCUUGGUCAUCAGUCAAAAAACUCAAGCUUUUCCAGCGAAAGGAGCGAAUCCCAAAAUGAUUGACGAUUUGGAGUUUCAGAUCAAACUGGAGGAUAUGGAAAUGGAUCCAAAUCUUGAAUGUCAAUCAUUUUUCAGCGGCAGUGAAGUGAAUCUCAAUGAGCUCACUAAUUUCCAUCAACCAUUGAUCGGCAUGAACAGGCGAAAAUCAGUUGUUCCAAACCAAACCAACGUCGCUUCAGUACAAACUAACACAUCAGUCGCUCAAAUUGAUCAAGAAAACCAAAAAGGCUGGCUCGAUGAACUGUUUGAGUACUCAUCGAAUAUUGCACGGCAGACACAAACCACGUUGGGUCGCAUCAAAAACGAUUUCAUGAAAAGUGGCCUGAAAUUUGAUGCCAACUUUCGGAAUCAUUUUCUUUACCUUUCAAACAAUCGAAUUAGCGAGUCAUUUGACGCAUUCCUCAUCGGGCUGCCAAGAGAAAUGAAGGCAAGCGACUGUUCGAUUAGCAAGCCACAAGUGAUUCCAAAGCCAGUCGCUGCAAAUCGAAUUGAUCAGAACAAAUCCAUUGAGCCACCGGCAAAACGUAAGCGUGUUGAUGUUGUCGUUGAAUCUUCGAAAAAUCGCGUUGCCAAUGAACGUACCACUCAAAUCGCUUUGCGUACAAGUUGUAAAACGGCUAAAGUCACUUCGCAGACAAACAAAACGACUCAAGUCACUACUGAAUCGAACAAAACCGCUCAAAUUACUUCGCUGUCAAGUCGAUCGGGACGUUUUGCAAAUGCAUCAAAGAUUGGACCCGAAAUUAGCGUGAAGAAGGUGGUUUCAAAGAUGACAGAGACGUCAAACUCAACUUCAUUGACGAUGAAAAAUGGUGAAAAGGUCAUAAUUCGUCGUGUCGAAGAAGUGCCAAAAGUAAAUGCAUCGAAUGAUAAGACUGUUGCUCGCCGAACGGAGCAACUGCCGAGAGUGAAUCAAUCGACUGACAAGAUUGUUUCACGCCGCAUUGAAGACAUGCUGAAGGUACCCAUACCGAAAAAUAGAAGCAGUUUGGAUAAUACGAUUGACAGCCUAAGGAGUCGUAUAAUUUUGACCGAGAACAGAAUGGAACCUACAAAAGGUCUGCAGCGCCGAAAAUCGAUGGGGCCAAUGGUAUCGAUUCCAACAUUACGCAUCGGUAAUCCAAAAUCGGUUGAAGCAAAUAAUAAGGAACUGCAACGAGGUAAGCCACAAGAGCUCCAUGGAAGCAAUCCAACGGAACAGGUUGCGCCGAAACGGGUUUAUGUGCGAAGAAAAACGUUUGUCGAUAAAGAUUUGCUGUCGAAUAAAUCGCAGAACGAGAUUGCAGUCAUCAGUCGGGUUAAAGCACCAGAGCCAUCGCCACAACCACAGUGGAACGUAACGCUGCCGGUUGCCGACGGUAUUGUCACUCGAAGCCGUCGCAGUGCAGGCGAUUUGACUCGAGCAACUAAUACAUUUACAUGCGAGGUAUGCAACUACAGCACCGAAGUUAGGACGAACUAUCAACGUCACAUGCUUAUUCACACCGGUGAAAAGCCAUUCAAAUGCAAGCAUUGCCCCAAAGGAUUCACGCAAAAGAUCAAUCUGAAAUCACACCUCAAAAGCAAUCACCAUGGCCUACACGGCAGUCCAGAUUAUUGGAAUUAAUUUGAUUUCAUUUUUGAUAUCUUUUUUUUCUUACAUUUCAUUUAUCAUUCCGAUGAUGGUCGAUUCAUCGAUUUAUUUUUUGUCACUCAAAAUUUUUUGUCACUCACAUUGGCAAACAGGAUUUAGUUCAAAGAAGAAUUUAUGUUAAAGAAAGACUUAUUUUGAAAGAAAUAGAAUUUAUUCCAGUUAAGAGAUUUUUCUACGAUAUUGCGCUUAUUUUUGAAUAGGAAAAGUUAUUGCUACAAUUUAAGGAAGAGAAAUCAUCUAGGAAUAUCAAUUUGUACACAUUUAUUCAUUCAUUAAACAUUUGAUUUAUAGAAGCAUAUUGAAAUUCAAGGUCAUUUUUCGUAUUUUAUACAAUCUCUUGAUCUCUGAGGAAAAUGAGUCUAUUAAUGAUAUUUGUCAGUGGCUAUAAUUUCACAAUUCUAAAAAGAAAAAUGCAUUUUUUACUUUGAAAAAUUGUGUAAUGUUCAAUCUUUAAAAAAUGUUUAUAUAAGCUACAGAUUGGACAAAUACAAAUUCAGACAAUAUAAAAGCCAUCACUGAUGUUUACAUUUUUAAAUAGCAUACACAAUUCCUGAAUGUCGUUCAAAUGGAUGAAAUAAGUGAAAAAAUGGGUUUGGAUUUUGAACAGUUGAAUAAAGCAACCAAAAAGUUUAAAA